UUGAGCCGAGAGUCGAGAGCGAAGCAUCCGAACGCGGUGGGAGUGAAAAGGCAGAUCUGCUGCCAAACACGGAGAGACUGAGGGAGAAACCAGUUACAAAUGAGGAUGUAACAAGAGGAGGUCGCGUGUGACAGCCGUGAACGCACCGCGGAUAUUUGGAGUACAACCCCGGCGCCAAACCUUGAUUCUUGAUGUAUUUUUAUGUGUAGAGGCAUGGAGGGAUCCACGCGUCGACGAGGCAGCACCGGAUAGAGGACCCGACUAACUCACGGAAGAGAGUGAUUGAGGACCUCACCACGUGGCCGGGACUGUUUGCUCUCAUCUGGAAGCUGCCAGCGCCGCGGUCACAGCUGAUGACUGUCCCUCAAGUGGCUGGACUGCGGGGCUGAGCCCUGGCUUGUGUGUUGGUCACCUGCUCGUGUCUUUCCUCUCAAGGACCAUGUGGCUUUCCCCGAGGAGAGGGCGGUUCCUCACGCCGAACGGGAGCAGCGCCACCAGUUGCACAGUUUUUAGCUUGUGGGUGUUGAAUUUCUGCUGGUGCUUUGCGUCCUCCAGAGCUCAGAGCUACCAUCCCACUGUGAACACACAAUACGGCAAACUCCGGGGGGUGAGGGUGCCCUUGCCGAGCGAGAUUCUGGGGCCUGUGGACCAAUACCUGGGGGUUCCCUACGCCGCGUCCCCGGUGGGAGAGAAGCGCUUCAUGCCCCCGGAGCCUCCUUCCUCCUGGUCAGGAAUAAAGAACGCCACCCACUUUGCUCCGGUGUGCCCCCAAAAUAUUCACAAUGCCGUGCCAGACAUCAUGAUGCCGAUUUGGUUCACCUACAACCUGGAUAUAGUCACGACCUACAUACAGGAUCAACACGAGGAUUGUCUUUAUCUCAACAUUUAUGUUCCCACAGAGGAUGUCAAAAGAAUAUCCAAGGAAUGUGCCAGGAAACCCAACAAGAAAAUGUGUAGAAAAGGAGGAGCCCAUGCAAAAAAACAAGGAGAGGAUUUAUCGGAUAAUGAUGGUGAUGAAGACGAAGACAUACGAGACACCGGGGCCAAGCCUGUGAUGGUCUACAUCCACGGAGGAUCCUACAUGGAGGGCACGGGCAACAUGAUCGAUGGGAGUGUUUUGGCGAGCUAUGGAAACGUCAUUGUUAUCACUCUCAACUACCGCGUCGGCGUCCUGGGCUUCCUCAGCACUGGGGAUCAGGCAGCUAAAGGGAACUACGGUCUGCUCGACCAGAUCCAGGCGCUCAGGUGGAUCAGCGAGAACAUCGGCUUCUUUGGAGGAGACUCGAAUCGCAUAACUGUGUUUGGCUCUGGCAUCGGAGCAUCCUGUGUCAGCCUCUUGACCCUCUCCCACCACUCUGAAGGUCUCUUCCACCGCGCCAUCAUCCAGAGUGGGUCAGCUCUCUCCAGCUGGGCGGUCAACUACCAGCCGGUCAAAUACACGCGGCUGCUCGCAGAGAAGGUGGGCUGCAACGUCCUGGACACUCUGGACAUGGUUGACUGUUUGAGGAAGAAGAGCUACAGGGAGCUGGUGGAGCAGGACAUUCAACCCGCCCGGUACCACGUGGCCUUUGGACCCGUCAUCGAUGGCGACGUCAUCCCCGACGACCCGGAGAUUCUGAUGGAGCAGGGGGAGUUCCUCAACUACGACAUCAUGCUGGGGGUGAACCAAGGCGAGGGCUUGCGUUUCGUGGAGAAUGUGGUGGAUUCGGAAGACGGGGUCUCUGGGAACGACUUUGAUUUUUCGGUGUCAGACUUUGUGGACAGUCUCUACGGGUACCCGGAGGGCAAGGACACACUGAGGGAAACCAUAAAGUUCAUGUACACAGACUGGGCCGACAAGGAGAAUCCAGAAACCAGGCGCAAGACCCUGGUGGCUCUGUUUACCGACCAUCAGUGGGUCGAGCCGUCUGUGGUGACGGCCGACCUUCAUGCCAGAUAUGGGUCGCCCACUUACUUUUAUGCCUUCUAUCACCACUGCCAGAGCAUGAUGAAGCCCGCCUGGUCGGACGCUGCCCACGGGGAUGAAGUGCCCUAUGUUUUUGGAAUCCCCAUGAUCGGUCCCACUGACCUGUUCCCCUGCAACUUCUCAAAGAACGAUGUCAUGCUCAGCGCUGUGGUCAUGACUUACUGGACCAACUUUGCCAAAACAGGGGAUCCCAACAAGCCAGUUCCUCAAGACACAAAGUUCAUCCACACCAAGGCCAACCGCUUCGAGGAGGUGGCCUGGUCCAAGUACAACCCCCAGGACCAGCUGUACCUGCACAUCGGACUCAAGCCCCGCGUGCGGGACCACUAUCGUGCCACCAAAGUGGCCUUCUGGAAACACCUGGUGCCGCACUUGUACAACCUGCAUGACAUGUUCCACUACACCUCCACCACCACCAAGGUGCCCCCACCCGAGACCACUCAGAACACCCUGGCCACCAAAAGGCCCAAUGGCAAAACCUCCUGGCCGCUGAACACCAAACGACCGCCCAUGUCCCCGGCUUACAACAGCGAGGACAAGGACGCGUGGAGCGACGAGGAGGAGACGGGCCCCCUGUUGGUGGAGAACCCCCGGGACUACUCCACCGAGCUCAGCGUCACCAUCGCCGUGGGCGCCUCCCUGCUUUUCCUCAACGUGCUGGCUUUCGCAGCGCUCUACUACCGCAAGGAUAAGCGUCGGCAGGACUCCGCCCACGGGCAGCCCAGUCCGCAACGCCAGACCACCUCCAAUGACAUCGGUCACCAUGCGCCCGAGGAGGAGAUCAUGUCCCUGCAGAUGAACCAGACGCACCACGAGUGCGAGGCGGGGAACAGCAGCGAGGGGGCGCUGCGUCUGGCCUCCCUCCCCGACUACACACUCACCCUGCGGCGCUCUCCCGACGACAUUCCCCUCAUGACCCCCAACACGAUAACCAUGAUCCCAAACUCCUUGGUGGGCAUGCCCAACCUGCACCCCUACAACACCUUCACCACCGGCUUCAACUCCACCGGCCUGCCCCACUCCCACUCCACCACCCGCGUAUAGCUUUAAGGAACCAGACGAGGGAGGAGGAGGAGGAGGAGGAGGAGGAAGAGCGCAGGGAUGAACCAGCGGAGAAGAGGAUUGUGUUUUAUAAAUAUCACAGCGUGGGGGAGGGGAAGGGAAGGGCAGGAGUUGGAUUAAAACGUGAAGAGAUUUAUCAAGACUUUUCCUACGAGGAGAGUUGCUGAGAGCUGUUGUGCAGAGCUGCCAAAAUCAAACUGCUUCCCUUCUCCUCAUCUGAGACGGAACCUUUUUGCUGUCUUUUUUUCUAAAGUAAUCAUUUUAAAAGCCUUUUUAAGCAGAUUUAGGAGAUACCAACACGUUUUUUCUUGAAUUCAUUAAAAACAAAAAAAGAAAAGAAAAAACAAUCAGAAGUGCUUUUCAUUUCCCCUCCCUUGCUCCUGCCGGAGACUAGAACAAUGGCCUGUUUGUCGACAUUUUCAGCCGCUUCUUGAGUUUAUUUUCUGUUUCAAUGCCUUAUAAAACCCAUCUUCUCGUCAUCCUUUCUACUCCCUGAAACGAUUUCACGCCAAGUGUGUUACAAGCAGAUGAGACUCAGAGAUGAGAGACUGAAUCCAGGAUCGGGGGCCGGAGGACGUGCAGACGUGGAGAUUUGGAGCCCGUUUUGGGAUCCUGUUUUUUCCUUGUGGUGGAGCAGGAGCUGAACAAUAUAAAGUGUUAUGAUUUUUAUUUUUGCCUUGGACACCUCCUGUCAGGAGAUGAAAGCGUGGCGAUGAAUACAUUGUACUGUGAUUGUUUUGUUUGGGAAAAAAAAAGUGCAUAUUUUACAUGAGUUUCUUUGCUCUCUGAUAUUCUCUCCACCGCCCUGUGCACAUGCUGCUGCGGGCUUGUGUGCAUGAGAACACGUCCUCCUGAGAGGACCAGACACAGGUGGAACUCUGCAGUGAAUAUGUAUGAAUGAAUGUGUGUUUGUGCACCGUUUCUCUUGAUUUCUUUGUUUCCUUUAAUUUGUCGGUUGUAUAAUGUGAUUCUGGAGCUGAAGAUUCUUCUCAUGAUGCGUUUGGUUCAUCACAUGUAAUGUUCCUGCUGUGUGUCUGUCUUUGCAAAAUAGCACUUUGGUUAUUUUUCAAAGUUCUAUAUGUCUAAUUUUGCUUAAAGAUUAUAAAUAAAUAUAUUAUUUUACGUGUAAGAGAAAAACAAAAAUAGCUUAAGACUCAGCCGAACUAACUGACAUGAUUCCAUUGACUUUGUAAAAGUUCCUCUUCAAAAAGCAGAUGCCUGAUCGCGCUGAAUAAAUCAGUCAAUUUAGGCUCUUGAAUAUCUAUAUAUAUAUAUAUCUAUAUAUAUAAAUAUGGGCAUACAUACAUAUAUGUAUAGGGCUUCUAUAGAGAUAUCACGUCCGACAGAGAAGACAAAAUCACUGCUCAGCAACACAAACUGUUUUCAUUUGUCAUAUGAAACAUCCCAAGCCAAGAAAGCUCUCGAUGUCUUUGUAAGAGCUCUAUAUGUAUAUUUAUGUAUAGAAUAUUUAAUAUUUAUUUAUGUACACCAGAUUCAUUCAUGCUGAUUGUGCCAUGUACCAAAUUAAAACUGUAAAAAAAAGGGUGAAUAUCAGGUUUCACUAAACUUUCUUUUUAUUCCAGCUGCUGUUUUUCUUACUUUAUUUUUGCGUUAUUCACAAUGGUAAUUCAAGCCUCUUUAUUUUCUCUCUCUUCUGCCUCAAUUCCUUCUUGUUCUGCUUUUUUUUUUACCUCAUUUAAGCCCUAGAGAUUCUGACUAACAGCUUGGGGCCGGCGUGGAAAUCACCAAAUUUUACACUAAUUCAUGCAAAUUCAAGCCGCAGCAGAGGAAGCUUGUGAAUCUAUUGCUUCCAUGUAGCGACAGUCCAUCCUACUGUGUGUGAGCCUCCAGGAAACAGCCUUGUUGUCAAGUGGAAACUCUUGCUUUUUAGAAUAUUUGGUGAAAUCUGAACUCCUCAUCUGUCGCGCAGUGGUCGCGGUGACACAACCUGACUGCCCAUCUUUUGGUGCCAAACAGAGACCUUAAAUAAAUAACUUCAGUUUGUUCCAUGUCACGUCUGAUUUCUGGUUUCAAAAAGCUGCUUCAGUCUCAACGAAUCAGUCUUUGUUUCUCAGCACUUUUCAUCCCUAACAGUGUCAUGGAGAAUAGAAAGCAGAAACAUUUGUUCAACAAAAACCCAAACUGGGUUCCUGAGUCGUGCGAGCGCCGUGACGACAUCGAUAAUGUCAGAUUUCUGCCAUUCAGUAAACUCCGUCCGACAUGAUUUCGUGAUGAAAGCAACUGUUCUGUGCCAUAUUUCAAUGCCUAGACUCUUGGUACAUUCAUUCAUUCAUUAAAAGGAAUUUUGUGAAACGUGUUGGUCUCAGCUUUUGUUUUCACCA